UUCAAAUAAGGCUCACAAUGGUAUUGAUGUUCUGCGAGAGUCGAUGACGAUAGCAUCAGCGUGUAUGAACCACUUCAGGACAAACCAUUUGAAGGAAAACCACUUGGCACUGGUUCCUGAGAAAGAUUACGACAAUGUUGAUAAUCAAAGUCGUCUAGCCCUGAAAUUUAUGAAAUGGUAUGAGGAAGAACAUGGGGUAAAAAUUCAGACAGCUCAUUCAGAUGGAGGGGAGAAAAAAGUAGGCAAUUACAAGUUGGAUGGGUGGAUUGAAGAAGAAAAAUUAGUGAUUGAGGUAAAUGGGUGUGUAUGGCAUGGGUGUGAGAGAUGCUAUCCUGAAAACAACUCAGUUCUACCCAAUGGAUUAACAGCUGGUAAACAACGGGAUAAGGAUUCGAAAAGGUUGGAGUUCAUUAAGAGUCAGGGAAUAAAUGUUCAAGUCUUUUGGGAGUGUGAGAUUAGGAAUAUGCUGGAUAAAGACAGAGAAAUGAGGAGCAGUUUUAAAAAGUAUUUGGAUGAUGGGCCAAUUGAUUUGCGCGCGUGCUUUUUUGGUGGACGAACUGGGCCACUUUCCCUCUUCUACAAACCAGCUGAGGGGGAGAAAAUCUCAUACUAUGACGUGACCUCCCUGUAUCCGUUUAUUAAUGUUUCUACAAAAUAUCCUGUAGGGCACCCGAAGGUACACAUCCUCAAUCAAGAUGUUCAUUGGAUAUUGACAUACCUGUUCUCCCAAUGA